AUGUACACCCUGGCCCAUCUACUGUUGCUAGCCCAAAUUCUGACUUGUGCUCUGAUAUCUGUUUCUGCUCUCGUAAAUGCCUGGGUUUUCUGCACGUUAACACUAGAAGCUUAUUACCUAAGAUUGAUCCAUUGUAAGUGUGGGUUCACAGCUCCAAUCCAGAUGUGUUGGUAUUACUGAGACGUGGUUAAGAAAGCGUGUUUUGAACACUGAUGUUAACCUUUCUGGUUAUAAUCUUUUUAGGCAAGACAGAUCUUCCAAAGGUGGUGGAGUGUCAAUCUUUACCCAGGAACACCUUCAGUGCUCGGUUUUCUCCACCAAGUCUGUCCCCAAACAAUUUGAUUUGCUGGUUUUAAGCAUUAAACUUUCAAAUAGUUAUUUGUUGACUGUUGCUGGGUGUUAUCGUCCACCAUCAGCACCGGCCUGUACCCUACCUGCCCAAAGCUCUCUCCUGGCACCUUACACUAAGUCUGAAUUUGUCCUGCUAGGUGACCUAAACUGUGACAUGCUUAAGCUACCUGUCCAAGUCCUAAAGCAAUGGGACUCCCUAAAUCUCUCUCAGAUUAUCACCAAUCCCACAAAGUAUGACUCCAAACACCCAGAAAAGGCUACUCUCCUUGAUGUUAUCCUCACAAAUAAUCCUGAUAGGUAUCAGUCUGGAGUUUUCUGUAAAGCCUUAGUGAUCACUGUUUUACUGCCUGUGUUCGUAAUGGCUGCUCAGUGA